AUCACCAUUUGACUAGUAGAUAUCCUGCAUGAGUUCACGAACAAGGCGCGAGAAAGGCAGCGUUCAAAUCAGGAGCUCUGUAGACUUUUGGUACGGACGUGUCGCUCUCAGAGCAACAGCUGCUGCCUGUUAUUUCAAAAAUGUAGCAACAAUCUAUGCUUACUUACUGCCUGGUUUAAACUAUCUUUUCUUAUGCGCAGAUUUUUGCUAACUAGAUGGUUUAGGUUGGCGCGCAACCCUGGCUGCUAGGUUCUUCCUGGGAGCCUUGCUACUAUUCCUUGCUCGAUUGACUUGUUUAAUGCAGGCCAUAGAAGGUAUAGAAAUAGGCAAGGACGUUACGGUAGUUGAGUGGAGAUUACAUAUUUGAGAAGUGAAGGAUUUCGGCGUUGUAAUCGGAGGGCUAGAUUUUGAAGCCCAAGAACUUAGCGAGCGGAGGACCGUGAGACGUGAUUGGUUAGGGGCACCAGGCACAAUUGAGCGCGACGAACAACAUGAUAUAUCCAGCGGUAGAUCGAGACAAAUCCUCGAGGAGUGAGGAUUUGUAUGGGUGAUAGAUAUAUAUUGUUCCACAUACCCUAUAUACAGUCUGA